AAAAAGAAGCAGAACUAAGAACAUAUCAAACAAAAUGAAGGAGAGAGGUAUACCAGAUGCUUCUGACACUGAUACGCAACUUGUGGUGGAGGUAGAUGUUCAUCAGGAAGAUACUAGUUACAUACAGGAGGACCUGGAUGUUCAGGACGAAGAGCACCGUAUGAAUCAAGACAACGAUGAAACUGCCUCGAGCCCUAGCCCUCCGCCUUCAGCUGUAGAUACCUCAUCAGAGAGGCCUGAAGAUUCCAAAAAAAAAGAGGGAGCGGGCUUAUGCAUUCACCGAACAGGAAGAGGCGGCCAUCGGGGAAUGGUAAUGUGACAAUAGCUGUUUAUAUAACAAAAGACACAGGGACUUUAAAAAUGCUGACAAAAAGCGCCGUCUUAUGGAAGAGAAAGCCAAUUCAUUUGAUCCUCCAUGCACUUACAAGCAGUUGAAAAUGUUUUUAGACUCCAUGAGGUCCCAGGUGGGCAAGAUCACCAAACGAAAGUCUGGCCAAGGAACACAACUGAUGUCGGACCGUGAUGCAUGGGUAGUUCAAACCUUCGGCUUUCUGGAAAAACACAUUGUCCGGAUCCCAAGCAGGCCUACUUCUAAGUUCCCAGAUAUUAAGACAUCAGAUUCCAUGGCCAUACCCAGUGGUGGUGAUGAUGACGAUGAUGAGAAAGAGGAGGAGGAGGAUAAUCGUCAGGGAGAUUCUCCUCAUGCCAUGGAGAAAGUUAGCACAGAUUCGAUCUCUGAUGAAGCUGGGACCAGGGGAAAGGUCAAGAACAAGAGCAGGCCAAAAUGCAAGGCUACUAAAACUAAAGAAUCUGAGGUGCUCGGCAAGUUACUGACCCGUGCCGAUGAAUUGGCCAAAAUCCGCAAUGCUCUUGCCAAAGAAAUGUCUCCACACGAGCAGCAGGUUGAGACGUACAUGGGGUAUAUGAAAACACAGAUACAACUUAUUCCAUGUGAAAACUGGUACCAGUUUACAAUAGACAACAUGAGGCUGGAUUUGAAGUCCGACAUGGAUAUUGAGAAACAUUUACAAAAAGAUGGUGUUGAUUACAUUAUACGUUGUUAA